AUGACAAAUCCACAAAGAAGUAUCCUAGCCAUCCCAGUGAAUUUACUGAGAGAAUGUCCUGCCAAUACAAUAAUGGAUCUCAUGACAAUUGUUAACAAUGGAUACGAUAAACAAGUUGUAAAAUAUGGUAUUGUUCAAACACCAAGGAUUCAUGAAGUCACUACAUUUUUCGGUGAUCUUGGAAUAGAUAUCGAUGAUUGCAUACUCUACGUCAUGGUGGAUGACGUAAACGAUGUUGUCCCAGGUUUGCUCUCCAGUGGAACUGUCGGAGGUUACAAAUGGUAUGAUAUCAAGGAAAUUUUACCAUUUAAAUUUUCUACAGAGAAUGUGAAGUCUACUUUAGCCUAUAGACCAUUACCUCAGGAUAAAUACUCGGAUUCUUAUGAGAUUACAGGUUUUACCUCAUUUGGGAAAGGUUGUGGUUUGAAGACAUUUGAACAUACACUUUCUGAUUUUAAACAAAGAUAUAAUGACUGCAAGAAACUUGUUAUUAAAGUUAUUGUGGAACAUGAAUUGGUUUCUUAUUAUGAACAGAAAUUAGGAUUCGUUGAAUUGGAUAGAGUUCUUCAAAAGAAGAGUGAAUUACAAAGUUCAGGAUUUGAAGAAUCGUUUAUGGUGUCUAGAGAUUUCCAUGUAUCUAGUAUGGUACGAACUAUUUAA